AAGCGUCUGCUGCACGGCUUGAAUUCAAUUGAUUCACGUGAUAAAAAAAUUAUGUCGACGUAACAUUCCGAAACGGUAGAACCCUAGUGUUGUGGAUGCACAGAGACUCGUUUACCCGUUUUCCUGUUUCGCAUAAGGAAUUAAGCUAACAAACAGUGCAAUCAUGGGAAAAUCACCAAGGGUUCUUUCCAUACAAAGUCAUGUGGUAUCGGGAUACGUAGGAAACAAGAGUGCUACAUUUCCUUUGCAGGUUCUUGGAUUCGAAGUCGAUGCCAUUAAUUCUGUACAGUUAUCAAACCAUACUGGUUAUGGAUCUUGUGCGGGACAAGUACUACAUGCUGACGAACUGGCACAGUUGAUGAAGGGUUUGGCGAGCAAUGGGCUUGAUCAUUACUCUCACUUAUUGACUGGAUACUCAGGCUCACCAACAUUCCUUAAAGGCAUAGCUGAUGCUGUCAAACAGCUACGUGCCAAAAAUCCAAAUCUGAUGUAUGUGUGUGAUCCAGUAAUGGGAGACAAUGGACGAAUGUACGUUCCAGAAGAACUGCUUCCUAUUUAUCGUGAUGUAAUUGUGCCAUUGGCUGAUAUCAUCACUCCAAACCAGUAUGAAGUUGAAUUGCUUACAGGUCAGAAGGUGGAAACAAUAGAUGAUGCAUGGCGAGCUGUUGAUAUCUUCCACAACCAAGGAAUAAAAACUGUUGUGCUUUCUUCAACAGAACUUGGAGAUGAAGAACAUUUGUUAGGUCUCGCAAGCUCUGUCAUUGGUAAAGAGAGAAAGAAGUUUAGCAUAAGAAUUCCACGAAUUAAAGGAGUGUUUACUGGAACUGGUGACUUGUUUGCUGCACUGUUUCUUGCUUGGAUGUACCACAGUGAUGGAGACACAAAGUUGGCCCUAGAGAAAACAAUUGCCACUCUUCAAGGUGUCCUCCACCGCACACAUGAAUUUGCAGGAGAUGUGACUGGUUUAUCAAAGCCAAUGAAGGCAGCUGCUGUGGAACUACGUCUUAUUCAAAGCCGUCAAGAUAUUGAAAAGCCAGAGAUCCGUGUUUGGGCCCAGGAACACUAAAUAGCAAUACUGUUAUCAAAUAUUACCAUGAACUGUUGCGCAAAAGAUACUGCAACAGUUUUAUUGCAUUUUAUGUUUUUUGUAGAUAGAUUAGAGAUGCAUAAGAUGCUUAAAUGUUUAACAUAGCAGACAGUUUUAAUGUUACACAAGCUACAAGAAGAAGUCACAAACAACAAGCACUGGUGUUAAUUCUCCAACUGUGAAUGCAGAAAUACAACGAAUGACACAGAUAUUUCAUGUAAGUUAACUUUGACCACAAGUGUACUGUAUUGGUAACAACAAAUCAUAAGUGAUUUUACUGAUAGUGGCAUGUUGACUGUAUUAACAUAGAUAAUAUGUAUGACCCUUGUAGGUAACAUCAAGUUGUGUGGCAAUUGUUGUGAUUUGGUCUAGACAUGUCUUGAAGUAACAAGCAGAACAACAUAGGAGGGUAGGGGGGGAAUGGCACUGGUGUUCUUAGGAUAAUAUUAAUUUGUCUUGGGUUCCUAUUUGUACAAUAAGUUGAUGGCUGAGAAUCAGUUUGAGUGUAUAUGUGCAAUACCUAUUUUAAUGUUGAAACAUUGAGUGGAAGUGUGCAACAAGUACUUAUAAAGUAUUUUGUUAUUUGUUACAUUACUAUGAGGAGGGGUGGGGGAGGGGGUCUUGAAAACAAAUAAAAAUGCAUCUUUCGCCCUGAAGUAUAUUUAAAAUUUAUGGAAACAAUUCUCUCCUCAGUAGUGAAACUAAAAUGUGUUAAUCUGUAUCUAUAAUUUUUGGCAGUAGAAUACUUAAAUAAGUGUGCAAAACACUAUCAAGUAUUACAUUAUGUAUUGUACAAAACACGAGUUGCAAAUUGCAUUUACUCAAUAUAAAUGUUGCAGUAAUUGAACUGAAUUUUCUCUUUGCAGAAUGUCACAAAGAUAAACAAGCAAAAUAAUUACCAUCAAUAAAAUUAAAGUUAGAAAGCAAGAGAAGAGGUAGUAUAUAUAGAAAACACACAAACAUGAGGUGUCACUUACUGAUAAGAACCAAAGUGGGGGUGACUUUUCAAAAGAAGUUAAAGAUAAAAGGCAUGUAAAUAAUGGUGAGAAUUAGAUGAGUGCCUAUCAUAUAAGGAGGUGAUCAAAAAGUUACCAUUCAAAGGCCAUACUAUCCAGAAUCAGUAAGCCAAAGAUGCAAAAUCACCAUGGGAGUUGAGGCAACUAUCCCACCGAUGCACCAGGUUCAGGAUACUGUUUGGUAUUCAUAAAACAUCUUGUCCUGCUGAGUGAAAAGGUCUGUAGCUCCCUGUUACACAUCCUUAUCUGACAGGAAUUGCUGACCCUUCAGGCCUUUUUUUAAGGUACCAAAGGCAUGAUAAUCACAUGGGGAGAGAUCGCGACUAUAGUGCAGGUGCUCGAGUGUCUCCCACUCAAAUUGGCUUAACGUCUGCAUUACAACAUUUGCGAUAUGGGAAUGUGCGAUAUCAUGAAGCAGCAGCAGCCCUUGUCAUGUACUAUUCUGCAACGGUGGAUUUUGACAGAUAUGCUGCCCUAUACACGUUCUUCGUUCCCCAAUGGAUGUCUACCAGUGUUUGUCCUUUGGCAGCCAAGAAAAGAAUAAUAGCAUAUUGGUUGUGGUUGAACAGAUUUGGUAAUACAUCACCACAGUUCACGUUUCUGCAUUUACUGCACGAAUGUUGGAAAGGCGCAAAUACUAUGCUAUCCAUUGCCUACGUGUUGGCGCUAAUACACCUGUACCAGAGUUGUGCUAUAUUGUGUAUAUGCUACACCAAUGCCCUCAAAUAAAACUUUUUGAUCACCUCUUAUAUAUUUAUCAACAGCACAGGGGCAAACAAUACAAUUUGUAGCAAUAUUCUGUAUAGAUGCAUUAUAUACAGCAAACGGUGCAUUAUGGUUACUGUUUAGGUACGUAGAAAUAGUAGAAGCCUGUAAAAGAAACAAAAUGUGUGUUUCCAGUACUUAUUGUUUCGAGUUGAUAUUUCUGUCUACAAAUAGCAGAAUUUUAAAAUCUGCCUAUCUGAUAAGUUAACAUUGUAAAUGUUUCGUAUGAAAAUGUCUUCUUGUGAGCUAAUUGCUUAAUCUUCAACAAUAAUUUAUAUUGUUUCCUGCUAUGCAUUUUCAACAUGGAACCUUGAAACUGUUCUAGCAUUUGCAUGCAAGAGUACAGAAAACAGACCCUCACAAAAAGAAGCUGUUUGGCUGCUGUGUACAAAGCAGCCCUGUAGCCAUACUGUUUCACUGUUCUGGAGCCAGAGGCAGAGCUCAAAUUGAAUACUGUGGCCCAUACCUUCCUUUGAGACUUAAUUCAGGGAAUCAAAAUAAGCAGAUGCAAGAAGAGGGCAAAGAAAGCUUGAAACAAAUUCUCUAAAUCAUGAGAAAACAUUGAAUAGAGUAAGAAAGUAUGUCUUUAUUAUUGAUUAAAUUUAAACUAUUUGACUUAUGUGAUUUCAUUCAAAUGCAUCAUGCUACUUACAUGCUAGUGGCAAAAAUUACUGUGAUUAGUCUUAAAGUAAAGACUUCUUGUCAAAAAUUAAAAACUAGUACUUAAGGUACAUAAAAAGGUGUGUGCUUGUGUGUGUGUUUGAUUUUUUUGUACAGUAUUAACUAAAGAAAGAACAAUUUCACCUGUUCUUUUUUUCUCUUUACUUAAAAAAAGGAGUGUUGUUUAAUCCUUGAUGAUUGAAAUUUGUGUAUGAAAGUUUGGCAUGUGUAUGCAUGCAUAUAUAUGUUUUUGUGUUUCUUUUUAAUAGUUGAAAGAGAAGUGUAAAACUGAAAUAAAAUGACAAACAAAUGAUUCACAGUUCAGGAACAUUAACUGAAAAUCAGUAUUGCAUUGAAGGUACAUUGUCUUCCAUACUUAAUGUGCAGGGUACAAUUAUAUGUAUUCAUGUUCUAGCCAUAAGAAGGAAUGUUUGCAACUGAAUUAUGUACAAGGUUUGAUGUGAAGCGUACUUUAUGGGCCCACAUUUUCUGCAAUAUAAUACUGGUUUUUAAUUUAUUGAGAUAUAAACUGAAAAAGAAAACUGAGUAAGUACCUGAAAAACAAUGCUAAGAUUUAUAACUUUUUUGAGGUGAAUAGUUGCUUUACUUACUGUUGAGUGUCUGAUCUAUAGGAUUUCAAGAGGAUUAUGUAUACAAUUAUGUAUAUGUGGAGGACAUGUAAACAAACUAAAGAAUUUAAUGUAGCAGAAGCAGAUGCUUUACUACAGUGUGUGUAUGUAUGAUGACAAUAUAAAAUAGACAGUGUGGAGAAGUGACUGUAUGAGAAAGGAAUCUGUCCUAGAAUUAAUACAAAAAUUAUGAGCAGUGAAAUAAUUCCAGAGACGUAAUCAUGAUAAGCACAAUUUGAGAGAGAAUCAUGUGUAGAUAAUCAGUAAAAGAAUUGUGUCUUUAUUAAGCUUUAUUAUAAAUCACACUAAAAAUUGUAUAUCAGCUGGCUACAAUAUUUGUAUUUCUGCUAAGUCAGUCUAACUAUUGAACAUAAUGAAAGCAGUUUACGGUUAGGGGUUUGGUCCACUGUAACUUAUUGCCCAACCAAGUGAAGUGUUAACCUGUCUAUUCAGCAACAAAACAUGCUGACAUUUUAAGCACACACUACAACUUGAUCAGGCUAGUUGAAGCGUUGUAUUUACAAAACUUGUCAGUGCAUGUGUAAAAAAUACAAUGAAAAAUGGUAUGUUCAUUCAAAGAAUUACAUAAUUUUACAGAAAGCAUUCAAAGCCGCAUUAGCAUAUGGAGGAAAUUGAGAUAGAAUAUUAAACCCUCUGAGUGCUCCACGAAGAUGGUAAUGUUAGUGCUGUUGUGUGUGGAUAUCUAUGGGAAGUGUAGUUUACCCUAAAAAAUAUGAAUAACUGACUAAACAGGUCAAUCAGUGCUACAGCAAUGAAAAAUAUUAAAUAUAUCCUUUCUUGUAGCAAGGAGAGCUGAGGACAAAAAUGGGGAAAAACAAAAAUAAGUAUAAGAUACAAAAUGUCCUCUUCAGUUUUAAAUUUAUUUUAUUACCCAAUGAAGGAACUUUCUGAUAUUCUGAGAUUUGGUGUUUUUUUUCCAUCAAAUCAACAUAAAGCUCAGAACUUGGGUAAUCAGGACGUGGCUGGACAAAAUAUUCAGUGAAGUGACUAUCACAUAAGAAUUCAUAGAUACAAAAUGCAGUUACCGAUGAAAGUAUUGAUCUAGUGCAUAAGUUCAUAGUGUUUUUCCCAAAUUUUAAUAAACACAGCAGAUACUUCAGUCAUCAAUAAUAUAUUCUCCUUCACUAUUUACAACAGUCUGCCAAUGCUGGGGUAAUGUUUCUAUUCCAUGACUUUGGAAAUCAUGUGGUUGUGAGGCGAAGAACUCGUCAAGCCGUGUUCAGAGCGCAUUUUCAUCCAGAAAGAAAUCUCCUGAAGAUUGUUCAAUAGAGUGUGGAAAAAGUGAAAAUAUGAGGUUGGUGCAGAAUGACUUCCCAACCCAACUCCAGUAUAGUUUUUUUUGUCAGUGUAGCAGAAUGCAGUUGGGCAUUAUUGUGUAGUAGUGUCACUUCACACAGUUUUCCUGGUUGUUCUUGGACUGCAUUUAUGGCAACUGCCCCCACACUGGCCAAUAGGCAAUUCUUCUGUUGCACCGCUUUCAGCAGUCAGUGCUAUUCGACACUCUACGUAGCUAUUCAGAUAAUUAAAGAUCUAAUUAUUUUGUUUGUUAUAUAUGACUUCCUGUGUCUGAAAUGUCAGAAGUAAUGUGUAACAUGUCAUCAAAUGAGUUGCCAUCAUAAAGUGGCUCUACAUAAAAUUUCAUUAGUUGCAUUUUACACAACUGCCAUUGUAUUUGGACCAGAAACCCUUCAGUUCCUAACUUACAUGAUGGAGACCUCAUGGUGAUUGCAACUAAAGUUGUAAGGUACACAUUAAUACGUAUUGUUGCACUAUUUGGACUACUUGCAUUAAAGUAGUCUAGAAUCCAUCAACAAAAAUGUCUUCCAGAAAGUCAGCCUUCCUACUGAUUAAUAUAUGUUUGAAGUAUUUAUUUUUUUAGAUAAUUGUGAGAGGAGGUUGUAAUUCAUUAUUUCAGAGAUUUUACAAGUGUUAUUUUCUUUAAAUUUUUAUUGAGAAUUUUAUAUAACAGAGUACAUUAUUUUAUAAUACUGUUAUUACCUCUAGUGUAUUGUAAAGCUAUUAUUGCAAAAAAAAAAAAAAAAAAAAAAAAAAAUUAAAUGAAUAAAAAGAAAAAUACUGUUAUCAAUGCCUAUGUUAUAGUAAAUGUAUUCCCCUUCUAAAAUGAGAGAACCUGUUUGCUCCAGAACAUGAUG